AUGGUCAGAGUAUCAGGUUCAAGGCAAUCGCUCGAAAGAGCAAGAAAAAGAUCUAAAGUGUCGAAACCAAGAGUCAAACAGGAGGACCGUGACAGCGAUAACCAUUCUGACUCUGGGAUCCGUCGUCAUCACCCAGCAGACCCUGUUCAAGGAAGUCAGAAGAAGCGUCGAUAUCGUCCUGGCACUUUGGCGUUGAGAGAAAUCCGCAAGUACCAAAAGAGCACGGACUUGUUGCUCCGUAAACUCCCUUUCUCACGAUUGGUUAGAGAAAUCGCUACUGAUUAUAUGGGCGAUAAGGACGCCAUUCGUUGGCAAAGUGUUGCUCUCCAGGCGCUUCAAGAAGCCGCAGAAGCUUUCCUCGUGAACUUGUUUGAAGACACCAACUUGUGUGCCAUCCACGCUAAAAGAGUAACUAUCAUGCAAAAGGACAUUCAAUUGGCUAGAAGAAUCCGUGGCCAGUUUUAA